CAGGGAACACAAGGAAAUUCGCACAGUCACAACGUCGUCACCGUGGCGUCGCGUACGUCUGAGAUGAUUGAAGUGAGGCAGGCAAACGAACCUACGCCGAUCGACAUCACAUAUACGAAGCGAUCACUAGACGUCUUGGAAUCUGAAGAGCAGUUUGCCGAUUUGACUAUGCUGGAGAAAUGUCGCUACUGUGGAAAUGAUGACGCUAAUUUGUUGAAGCAGUGCCUGUCUUGUGGUUCCGUGGCAUACUGUUGCGACGAACAUCAGCAGUUCGACUGGAAGCGUCACAAGCCAAUAUGUAAACAGGCUCAAGCGGAGGUAGAGCGGCGUCUGGUAUCAUCCCCUACAAGGCCAUUCUCGCACACAACGCAUACGCAGACCGAAACACUUAGCACUUCAUCUACACCAAGUCCAGAGUUGAACACACCAAACAGUGAAGCAUCUACUUCAACAGCUAGAACUAAUUCACCAUCACCGGGACCUUCUACUUCCGCUACAUGUUCUGAGGAAAGACUGAUACCGACUGAUGACCCAGACAUUCAGAUAAUCGAGAGCCCAAACAACAGGAUUUCUGCGGGAGGACUGGGCAGAUGUCGGAAAAGACCAACGCCUUCAAACGGGGUUAUUUUCAAAGACCACCUCAAGAAUUUGGUCUACAAUACCACGCUCCAGGAGCAUCAAGCUAUGAUGAAGAAACGAGGUCUUACUUUGAACAUUCACCAAACACUCGUCCUACGACUCAGGUAUAUUGCUGAGUACGUGAUUCGGAGUCUAAACGAGUUUGGAUGGGCAGUAGUCGACAAUUUUCUCGGUGACGAACAUUGCCGAUUCACGUACAAAGAGAUAAAGUGUCUCUAUGAGCGCGGAUUGUUCAGCGCUGGUCAACUGAUGGAUGGAAAGAACAAGGAUGAAUACCACGUCAAGGAUAUCCGUUCAGAUCAGAUCUACUGGUUUGAUGGUGCUGAUCCCCGUGCUAGUGAUGCUGCUACUGUCCGUUUACUUGUGUCCAUGAUCGACAGUGUCAUUCAGCAUUUCAAAGGAAGGCUUCCACCAUAUGACAUCAGCGGGCGAUCGAGAGCCAUGCUUGCUAUAUACCCUGGCAACGGCACGAGAUACAUAAAGCAUGUGGACAAUCCAGUGAAAGAUGGACGAUGUAUCACAACGAUUUAUUAUUGUAACGAGGAUUGGGAUAUAAACAAGGAUGGAGGUACACUUCGCCUUUAUCCCGAGUCAUCCAUGAUUCCUAUGGACAUUGACCCAAAAGCUGAUCGACUAGUAUUCUUCUGGUCUGAUCGGCGCAAUCCGCACGAGGUCAUGCCGGUGUUUAGGCCUAGAUUUGCUGUUACAAUUUGGUAUAUGGAUAGAGAGGAGCGGCGGAAAGCCAUUGAAGAGCAAUCACAUGAGAGUGAAGACAUUGACUCAACUAUGAAGUUGGAGAGAAGAACACAACGUAAGGUAACUCCACAGCCGAUGCAGCGCCUUAUGAAAGAAGAGAUGCGAGUGUUUCCGGGGACAUCUUCCGAGCCAACACUGGCUCAGCUUGCUCCCCCUGACCACGACGAAUUCUCAUUGCCAUCCACCAGUCAAUCCGCAGCUGCUACAACUAGUCACUUCGUUGCUGCUCCGAGCUCCAUAAGAAAUACCUCCGUUCCUCGAGCUUCUAGUCUGUAUUCCCUUGAAGAUGAGGAUGAAAAUCCUCCUCCCAAAGUUCAUCCACCAGAUUUUCAGAUCUAAUUUGAGCCAUACGCAUUGUUUAUGAGAGUUCCAGUCAUCAACUUACAUAUUUCAUUAUUGUAUCACUUCAUCGAAUGAACAUUAGUUUGUCACUUACUAACUCUUUGAUGUUAUCUUUCAAAGAGUUUGGCUGAUCUGGUUCCCGACGGGUUUCCAUUUGAGCGCUUGAAUAUGCUUGUUUUGGGGUGUGUGCGCUUGGCUUUUUGUUGUCAUUUUUUUGUCGAUAUUUUUUCUACCUAUGUAUGAACUAGUAAUUAUUUCUAUUUUCAACUUCAAAUGCGGCUAUAUACAUAAAUGAGCACGUUCGUGUCCAUAAUUCCCCCUUUCUGUAUAUUCUACCAGUCGUCGCGCUUGUGUGUUGAGUUUCCCUGUACAAAUUUGCUUCAUUCCAUGUUGCUUUUGCAUAGCAAUUUUAUUACUAGUAAAGAUUGACACUGUUC